AUGACUUCAUCAAUUAAUAUACAAUAUUUAAAUAAUGAUAAUAUACAAUCCUAUAACAGUUUAGAAACUUUUAAUUCUCAUCUAUUAAUAAAUCCUUCAUCUGUAGUUCCUAAUUUGUUAAAGAAUGAACAGGAACCUUCUUUUGUGAUUUCUAAUGAUCUAGCGAAUAAUAAAUUAGAAUUAGAACAUGAAUUAGAAAAACAAAGUUCUGAGUUAGGGGAGAAAAAUAGUUAUGACAAAAGUAGUAAUAGUGAACUAGAUAGAAGUAGUGACAAUGGAUCUAUUUUUAUAGAAAUUAGAUGUAAUAGUGCAAUAUAUGAUCCAAAUCAUUUACUGCUGCACUCUCAUAUCAGUUAUGAUCAAGAUAUUAAAAUGAUGGAAAACAAAAGUGGAGCUAAAUGA